AUGACGUAUUUCUGCUUCCGGUGUAAACAAACCAGUAAAUAUGGCGGCGUCCAUGGUCAGAUAGGAGGAAGUCCACAUUUUAGAACGGUUCUUCACGAAAACAGAUUUUAUAGCAUCAUGUCUGAUGUUAGAAGUGAAGAGCGAGCAGUUAGAUAUUACUGCACUGCCGGUAACGGGAUGGAGGUGUUUUUAAUGGAGGAGGUGAAGAGGAAACUGGCAGCUGAAGACGUGUGUCGCAUGCCUGGGAAGGUGUUGUUUAGCUCCUCUGUAGAGAUUCACAGAGUCAGUGAGCUGAAGACUGCAGAGAGACUCUUCUUACUUCUGAAAGAAGACUCGCCUCUGAAACUAUCGGCCCACACAAGCCCAGCAAAGGCCACUUCUCUCCUUCACUCCAGACUCCUUCACGACAGGAACCAGUGGACAUGUGCUGUAAUGACAUGGUUCCGCCUGCAGGGGGAGCUAGCGGACAGUAAGACAACCCUGAAGAACCCAAGCGCUGCUCAGGGAGUGACGAUGAGAGAGGAGGAGGACAUAAAGGGGAAUGGAGCAUGGGUGAAGUUCACAACUGAGCUUAGCAAAAGUACAGAACACCAGAAAGAGGAUAAGAGAAGGAGUGAGGAGCCAGAAAGUGGCAAACACAAUGGAACACACACACUGGGAAAGAAGAGAAAGCGGGAGGAGGAGGAGAGGAAUAGUGAAGGGAUGGACCCACAAGUUGAGAAGAAUGCAGAAGAAUCUGAAAAAUCCUCAGAAGUGAGGACAGCCAUGACUGAGGGGCUGAGCAGCUGUGGAAAAAAUGGUUCUCAUGGAUCAGACAAAGGAUUAUUAUGUUCCUGCACAAAACUGCAGCACAGAGUGGAAGGAAACAGGAUGGAUGACACUGCUGCUUUGGAAAAUGUGAAGACCACUGAAGAAGAAGAGAGGAUCAAUUGGAAAGGCUGCUGGAGGGACCCUCAACUGCCUUCAUGCAUUUCCUUUAGGAUUAGCUGCAAAUGUACUGGAUCUUUGUCUCGAUGCCUCACCUCACAGGAGGUGAGCAGAGUGAUUGGAGUUGGUCUGAGCAAGCUGCUGGGCUGGAAGGUUGACUUAAAGAAUCCAACAGUUGAGAUAAACGUUAAUUUGAGUGAUGACCACUGCCUUCUGGGGAUCCCACUGACCAGGUUGCCUUUGGCGAAUCGGACCUAUAUUAAAACCACAGGACUGAGGUCUACAGUAGCCUGGGCCAUGGCCUCUCUGGUUCAGAUUCAGCCCGGCUUCUGCGUGGUUGACCCCAUGUGUGGGGUGGGGACCAUCCUCAUCGAGGCAGCGCGGGAAAACGAGGCUGUUUGUUUCCUGGGUAUGGACAUCGAUGAAGGACAGCUGCUGAAGGCCGGUCAGAACGUCUCCUUUGCAGGGCUGGAAAACAGGAUUCACCUGCUGAGAGCUUCAUCUCUGGCGCUGCCGCUGGCCGCCUCCAGUGUGAACGCUGUGAUCUGCGACCUCCCGUUUGGCAGGAAGUUCAGCACAAGGGCCGACAUGGCUGCCAGCCUGCCGCUCAUUCUCACUGAGAUGGAGAGAGUUCUCCGCCCCGGCGGCGUCCUGGUCCUUCUCCUGAGUCCACAGUUAUCCUGCCUGCUGAAGAAGCUCUUAAUGCAUGAAGACUCUGGACCAUCAUCUCAUAAAGAAGCAGAGCCUCAAACUGGGAAGCAGCGGUGUCCGUCUCCUUCUGCGUCUCCCACGAAGCAGCAGAGCUCUCAAAUCCACCCGGAGAUCAAAUCCAAACCUGCCCGGGCGCCCGAGCCUCAGACUGAGCUGCAGCCCACUGCGUCCUCUCUGAAGCAUCAAGCAACGUUCAGAGUCAGCUUAGGCGCAAUAGAUGGACUGAUACACAAAUAUGUCAAAACAGGAUCCUAAAUGCUACCAGUAAGGUUACAUUUCUUAGUACUUAUAUUUAAAAUGAGCAGUUAUGAAUUCUGUAACAUGAGAUUGUUGUUUUUUCACAAUACAAAUGAUAUAUUUUCGACACAGUGACUUCUCAUUUCAAUGAACAAAUAAAAUGCU